GUAGAGAAGUAGUAGUAGUAGUAGUUGAAGUAGAAGUAAGAGCCUAGACUAAGAGUUAGUUGGACGUACGUAGCUAGAUUUGUGGGACUAGUAGUCGUCGUUGGCGUGAGUACCUCUCAUUCUCAUGCCGAUAGGUACUCGGCGUUCGGAACUUUCCUUCAUCAACAACACACACUCACAGUAAAUCCGUCCGACAACGACAAAAAUCAGUUACGGGUUGAUCCUCAAUUUAUUCAACUUGUGAUCCAAAGGGAUCAUGGAGGAUCCACCCGCUGCCACGGCCCAUCAAGGCAAAAAAACGCGCUUCUCGAUAGCUAAUCUUGAGAGUGCACCCAAAAAUGGUGCGGCUGGGUACCGUGAGUCCGACGAGCAGGAACCGUUCUUGAAAAGUGCAACAUCCUCUUCCCCACCCCCGGAGAGGGGUGUCAUUAGCUCAGGGGAUGAAGAGGGCCAAGAAGAUCAGGAGGAUGAGGAUGAGCAAGAAUUAUCCUAUAAAAACACGGUGUACGGCACUCAAUACAUGAAAUCGCUGAGACACUAUUUGACGCGCGAUGCUCUCCCGGACGAAAAUCACUAUCGGAAUAUCCUGUCGUUCCAAGCCUCUCCUUCUCAUCAACGCAAAUUUUCCAGGCCUACCUUGGAGGAGUUGCAAGAGGGGCAAUUGGCUAGGAAAUUGGCUGCAGCUAAAAAUGGGCAGGACGCUGAUGAUGCCCUUGCGGCUAAAGGAAAAGUGAUAAAGUUUGGCUGGAUCGAAGGCGUGUUUAUGCGAUGUCUCCUGAACAUUUGGGGUGUGAUGCUCUUCCUCCGUUUGACUUGGGUUAUCGGGCAAUGCGGAAUUCUACAAGGGCUUUUGGUGAUCACACUCUGCAAUGUCGUGACCCUCAUUACGGCUAUUUCCAUGUCUGCCGUUUCGACCAAUGGAAUGAUCAAAGGCGGAGGUAUUUACUAUAUGAUUUCCCGCUCUUUGGGACCUGAAUUUGGUGGUGCCAUUGGAAUUAUGUUCACCGUGGCCAAUUCCAUUGCUGUGGCUACCUACUUAAUCGGUUUCGUGGAUGCUCUCUUGGACAUGUUGGAGGAAUACAUCGUUGAUUUCGACGGUAUUCUGUCACCCAUUGAUGUGAGAUUGAACGAUAUCCGAUGGAUUGGAACGGUCACAUUGAUCGCGGUCUUAGCCUUGGCUGUUGUGGGCAUGGAUUGGGUGACUCGUGUUCAGAUCGGUCUCCUGGUCUUGCUUAUUGCCUCUCAAAUCGAUUUCUUAGUUGGAUCAUUCCUUCCCGAUGAGAGUGAGCGGAAAUUUGGAUUCUCCGGAUACAGUUAUGACACCAUGGCCACAAAUUUCAUGACUACCCGAUACCAUAGCUACGAAAGCCCUGAUUAUCCACCCAGUUUCUUCACUGUCUUCGGUGUCUUCUUCCCCGCUGUCACUGGGAUCGUGGCUGGAGCCAAUUUAUCCGGAGAUUUAAAAAAUCCUGGUGUCGCCAUUCCAAAGGGUACGCUCUUGGCUAUUCUGGUGACCUACAUCACCUAUUUUGUUUAUGGCUUCAUCAUUGGUUCGGUAUAUAUUCCCGAGGCUUCCGGCGAUGAAGAUGAAUAUUGGGCGGCCAUCACUGGAAAUGAUACCAUUCCUCACUACGACAAUUGUGACAACCGAGAAUGUCUGUUCGGCUCUUCCAAUGAUCAGCAGACUCUCUCCAAAAUAUCUUGGACCGGUUAUCUGGUUUAUGCUGGUUGCUUUGCUGCCACGUUGUCCUCUGCUAUCGCUUCCUUGGUCGGAGCUCCCCGUGUACUCCAAGCUUUGGCCCGCGACAAGUUGUAUCCCGUGAUUGGAUUCUUUGGGCAGGGUUAUGGCGCCAAUGACGAUCCCUUCCGUGGUUACAUUUUGGUCUUCAUCAUUGCCUUUGCUUGCACUAUGAUUGGGAGCCUGGACGUCGUCUCCAGUCUUUUGUCAAACUUCUUCGUAGCUGCCUAUGCCCUUAUCAAUUUUUCGGUUUUCCAUGCUACAGUCACCAAAUCUCCAGGUUGGAGGCCUUCGUUUAAGUAUUACAACCAUUGGGUAUCGCUGUUUGGAACCCUUCUUUGUGUGGCGGUGAUGUUCUUGAUGAGCUGGGUCACUGCUUUGAUUACCUUUGCCAUUAUUGCCAUUCUUUAUUUCUACAUCAGCUACAGGAAACCUGAGGCCAAUUGGGGCAGUUCCACGCAAGCUCAGAAAUUUGUUUCGACGCUGAAGAACGUUCAAGCCCUAAAUGAAAUGCAAGAGCAUGUCAAAAACUACCGUCCCAAGAUUCUGGUUCUCUCCGGUAUCCCUGCCCAUCGCGGUCCUCUCAUGGAUUUCGCCAAUUUGCUCACCAAGAAGUUGUCUCUCCUCAUCAGUGGACAUGUGGCUGGUCCAGACGCAUCUUUGCGAUCCAUGGAAAACAUGCGUGAAACGGUUCAAAUGUGGAUGAAAGACCACAGCAUUAAGGCCUUCUUCUCCGUGACACAAAAUGAGUCUUUCGAGGAAGGGGCAAAAGCCAUUAUGAAUUUGGCUGGUUUGGGAAAACUGAGCCCCAAUAUGAUCCUGAUGGGCUUCAAACAAAACUGGGCCAAAGAUCUUCCCGGAACCGAAGCCUACUUCAAUGUAAUCCAUCACGGAUUUGAUCUACAUUUGGCUCUUGGAAUCUUGCGCUUACCUAAAGGCUGUGACUAUUCAUCAGUGAUUGGAGAGGAGCAACAGGUCACCGUAGAGGUCCCGGAUGAGACACCUGAACCUGUAGAAGCUCCCAAGGCUGAGCCCCAAAAGAAGGAGAAACGAACGCGUAAAGUGUCUACCGCCGUUUACCACGGUGCUGACGGCAAGCCAUUGGCUAAGAACAUCGUCAACGAAAUCACUCUCUUCCAACACAAGAAAUCUAAGGCUGGCGUUAUUGAUGUUUGGUGGCUCUACGACGAUGGUGGUUUGACUCUCCUGCUGCCUUACAUUCUCACCACUCGUGCUCAAUACAGCGAAUGCAAAUUGCGAGUGUUUGCCUUGGCCAACCGGCAAGAUGAAUUGGAUCGUCAGACUAGAAAUAUGGCCGGACUCUUGGCUAAGUUCCGCAUCGACUACUCGGAUGUGAUCGUUGUUCCCGAUGUGACGAAAAAAGCCAAUGAAGAGACCAAAGCUGAAUUCAUGGCAAUGAUCGAGAAUUGCAACAUCCCAGACUCUGAAAUCCUAGCCCAACGGGAAAAGACCAACAGACAUUUGCGUCUGGCCGAACUUCUCAGAGAUAACUCCUUAAGAUCCGACAUGGUCGUCAUGACCUUGCCCAUGCCCCGCCGAGGUGCCAGCACUUCAGCUCUCUAUAUGAGCUGGUUGGAUAUCAUGACCAAAAACAUGCCUCCGUUCUUGUUCGUUCGAGGCAAUCAGACGUCUGUACUCACUUUCUACUCGUAGGCAGCACGGUCGAUGCUGACAGUAUUUAUUUGGUUCUCUCUAAAAGCCUAACAGAACUUUUUGCUAAUAUUAUUUUUGUUAUUAUGUAAGAUAUUCACUGUGAUUUGUUGAUAUUUAAUAUGAACCGAAUGUUUAAAAGACAGAACACAUAUCCAUCUACCGCCAAAUAUAAGAUGGAGGAUGAAAAUGGGUGAAGGACAUUCAUUGAGACUAUAUUAUGUUGAACCUCUUCAAAUUGCUCUUCUAAGUGACAAAAUACAAAUUAUCGGUUUAUGACCCGAA